UUGAGCUUUGUAUGACUUCUCUGACUUUUCAAGUUGCAUUUUAAUGUCUCACAGUUUGAACUUUAUGUCAUUUCAGAUUUUGUAUCUUAAUUUUGUAGCUGUGAAGUCCAGUAGUAAGUUGUGAGAUUCCAAGGGGCACCGAAUUGGACUUUUAUCAAGUGUUUGUGUCGACAGCUGUAAGAAAGUUAGAUUUGAGUUUGAUCCUGACUCAGCAUUUCGAGCAGCAUACACAGCAUUUUAGCUGAGUUUCCACGGCAACUGUGCCAAUCAGCUGCAAAUCUGGGAUCACAUGCACAUAGUAGAAUACAUUGAAGAAGAUGAGGAACCACCUUUGCUGCUCAGCUCUCGUCCUUCUCACGGUGUUUGGCUGUAGUGGGACUGCAGCAGUGCAGUGUCGGUGGGGGGAAGGAUGUGUGUGUCUGCAAUGCCCCGCUGGCCAGGCGCCUUCCAAGGCUUGUGGGCAGAUCCAAAGGCCAACAGAAGAAGUGCAAUGUGAGUUGUGCCCAUCUGGAAGCUUUUCAGACACAUUCGACUCUGAGCUUUGCCGCCCACACGCAUCCUGCAAGAUCCUCGGCCUUAAGGUUGCAACCCUUGGCACUGGGACCUCAGAUGCUGUCUGUGGGGACUGUCUGCCCGGAUUUCACUCCACUGCCGCAGGGGAAGUUUCCACCCAAAGUCUGUGUGUGAAAACGGCCUUGCGUGUCAGAGCGGUGCGUACAGUGGGUAGAGGUCCAUCGAUUGGUGCAGGAGGGCCGGUCAAUGGCACAGUGGUACGAAGUGCCGAGGAGAAGACAGCAGAGUACGCCGUGUUUGCCUUGGUGCCCAUCUUCUGCGUGAUGGGCCUGUUGGGAAUCCUCAUCUGCAACAUCCUGAAGAAGAAGGGGUACCGCUGCUCUGCUGACAAAGAGGGAGGAGAUGUAGAAACUGCCACACCGCAAAAAGAAGGGAACAAUUAUCCCUACAUAUCUGACGACCUGAAUGAAGACACCAUCAGUGUUCUGGUUCGCCUCAUCACUGAGAAGAAAGAAAAUGCUGCUGCACUGGAGGAAUUGCUGCUGGAGUACGAGAGCAAACAGAUGGCCAUGAGCAAAGGCUCGUCAAUCAAGUUCCCGAUGCUGUCUCCUCUGUCCCCUUUCCGCUCCCUCCCCAGGCUGUGCCCCCAUCAGUCCCACCUCCACACCAUCUCUGGCCUCUCCGGCCUGGCCCCCAAACACGGCUUGCGCUGCACCCGGUGCGCCCAGAGGAAGUGGCCCGCUAUCCUCAUACCUCCCCUGGAUUCUCUCAGAGAUCCCCUGAAGCCUCCCCAGACCCUGAUCCUACCCUCCCUGGACAAAUCCCCUGACCAGCUGAAGAGGCCCCUGUUGGAGGGGGUGUUUGUCGACACCCACCACACACAAGCUGUUGUGCCAAAUACUGUACAGGAAAAAAUGGAAGGGUGCGAAGUGAAGGAGAAGGAGGGAGAGCUGACAGUGUUAUCUGUGGGGAGGUUUCAAGUCGCUCAGAUCCCCGAGCAUAAACCUGUCACCGUGAAAACUAAAACAUCAUCCCAGGAGCAGCCCAACUCCCUGUUUGGAGGCAAACCGUUCUGCUCGUCUUCCUCAUCUGGCGUCAGGAGGUGAAGAGACAGAGAGACGGUGUAUUAUAACACUACCUUGCUGAAUAUGACCUCAUCGUUCACUGACAACUGGACAGCUGGCAAGAAUGGUGUUUCUAGACACCAUGAAACCACAAGGACCACCUCGUGCUGGAGGAAGUUGUUUCUAUUCACGCAAUGAGAGGAAUAUAACUGUAUCUGUGAUCACAUGAAACGAUAUUGUACUUUACAGAUGUAUCAGAUGUAACAUCAUAGACGUUCUACUCCAAUCACAGCGGCUUCGCUGUCCCAAUACAAAGAAAAGUUGAAGAGUGUAGCUUUGUGAUAACAGAUUGUCAACGUCUGAGCAAGCAGAAAAAAGAGAAGUGUGCAUCUUAAAAAAGUGCAUUCUCUGCCCCUAUAUUUGUGCUUCCAUAUAAAAAAAACAAAAAAAAACAUAUUCAAAUAGCUCCAAAGGCUCGAACAGCAGUGAGACUGAAACAAACAUGUGUGUACAUAACCCCCCCCCCCCCGGAAAUGUCAAACCAAGUUAUCUGUGAUCAAGUGCCAUAUGAACUAAGAAAAUCAAGAUGGCAUUACCGGAAAGAGCAAAUCUGGUUUGGUUGAAAUAAAAAACAUACAUGAUUUGGGUCAAAAGACACUUGAUUUAAGAGUACAGUACUACAGUAAGUAUUAGAAGGACAACAUGGGAUAACGUUCCAUAUCAUUUAGUUGUGUUAAAUAUUUUUUACCAGUUAAGUAAUCCAGCUCCUCUUUUCUGCUCACAUUUGGAGGUGAUUUGAGGUUUUAGACCUUACAUAUGUUGAAUGUAGUCUUAACAGAAGAUGCACUCACUGAGUUCAGUGAACCUUUGAGGGUUUGAGAAACAUUCACUCAGCCACGUGCACCUACCCUCAGUCAGCAUUAAUAAUACUAUUUGCAACCUUUAAGCUAUUAGACUAGAUCCAAGACGGUGAUCAGGGACCAAAAUGUGUUCCCAAUACAGUAUCACAGCAUAUGUUUUACAACACUGCGUCCCACUGGCAGUUAGAGCCAUUUGGGUCCUGGUGUGAAGAAGUUAGAUGGGUAGAGAUCACUUUUGUAGAAUAGACCAUGUAAAUUAAUGUACAUAUGUAAAUAUGGGUGGGUAUAGAAAGACAGUUCUGGCUUUUUUCCCCUUUUUUUUAAGCAUACAGUUUGUAUGAGGUGAAAGACAACUGCACUGCACCAAUAAGUGACACUUGUAGUCCAUCAAUAAUUUAAAAAAACGUAAACUCACACCAUCAUGAAUAUAAGCGUUUUCUGGAUAAACUCAACAUGAAAAUGUUUAAUAAAUGCUUUUUUUUCUUCUUUUUUUUUUAGAAACCAAAACACACACAUGCAGCACACAUAUCCAGAACUUAAUCUCCAUAACUGUAAGGAACCACUCCCACAUAAAUACACACACACACACAUUUUUCGUUUUUACAGUUGAAUUAAAUAAACCAACAAGUGGAUUCGUGGUUGAGAAGUCAUGCUGCUCACUUGGCUUCAGUUUACAUCCUCAUGGCUUCUAAAGAGUUUACGAUAACUAUCCACUCAUGUUCAUAUUUCCUAUUGUGUUUCUUAUUAUGAAUUCAACAUGUCUGGAGGACUGGAUAUGUAUUGGUUGCAGCAGUUACACAUUUUCAUUUUAUCUGUUUUUAUUACUAUUAUUAGGAUUAUUAUUAAAUGUGUUCAAGCUGAAGUGUUUCUACCGUCAGGUAGAAAGAAAACAUUCAUCUCAUCAACUUUGAAGAGUGCAUUUAUAAUAUUUAA